CAGACUUGUUGGAUGUUUUGUGAUUUAAGUGCGAAAAAAAAAGAAAAAUAAAUAGUUUAAAGCAAAAUAGUAUUAAAUAAAACGCAUAAUAAUGUCCAAUGCCUUAACACGAGAGCAAAAGCAUGACUUAUACACGCGAGAACUUGCUAUGAGCUUCGAAAGAGACAGUUUAUCGGAUGCAGAGGAAUUUGACAAUGAACAAACACAGCUUCAAUACUUCAGAGAAAGUGCUGCGGAAAAGAAGGUUGACUAUACAAUGGCUCCGACAACAACUAUUGAAACCAUCACUAUCACACGCCCAUUAAAGGUUAUUGCUUUCAUUUGCGGCAUAAUUGUUAUACUAUUAAUGUUGAUGGCCCUCACAUCCACGGAUUGGUUAAUGGCUGAGUCAUGGAGACAAGGACUUUUUGUUCAUUGCAUCGAGGAUGGUUACACACCCCCAUUACCCUUCAAUUUACAAGAUCCUCCCGGAUGCUAUGCGAGUCGUGACGUAACAUAUAUUAGAGCUACAGCUGCCUUAUGCAUAAUCACUUUAAUUACUGAUGCAAUUGCGACAGUAUUGACUGGACUUGGUCUUCGAACACAAGAUCAUAACUCAAAAUACAAAUUUUACCGAUUUGCUGUGCUAGUUAUGAUGAUUGCAUUUAUAUCACUUCUGGUAGCACUCAUUUUGUAUCCAGUAUGUUUCGCGGCAGAACAAAAUUUAGGCAACCGUCCUGUUUGGGAGUUUGGAUGGGCAUACGGUGUCGGCUGGGGUGCAGCUAUCUUCCUUUUCGGCGCAGUUGUUCUUCUCCUAUGUGACAAAGAGUCGGAGGAAAUUUACUACAAAGAGCGAAAAAUUGUACAUGAAUUAUCAAUGAGGGAAUAGGCCCGGUCGUCUGCCCUGCCCGAUGUUGUUCUAUAAA